UGAGAGAAUGCUGGCGGCGCGUGUGUUGUGGAGGAGCGCAUGCGCCAGACUGGCUCUGGCGCUUGAGAGUUCUGCUCGGUUUCUGCGUGGCCGAACAGAGCCAUGGAGCGGGAAAAAGGCGAGUUGGAGUUUCCUGUCCAGUCCAGAGCUUCGCCCUUGGAUCAGAUGGAUGAGGAUGAGGAGCAAGAUAAUGACUUGGAUCUCUUUGGGGGUUAUGAUAGCUUUCGACAAUACAGCAGCAGUGAGGACAGCAACAGCACCUCCUGCCUGGAAGAUUCUAGUGAGAAUGAAACAGCAAACCAAGAAACUGGGGAACUGCCUGCAUCCCCAACACAAACACAAAUAUCUUCUGAUCGGUUGCCAGAUAAUAAUGGAUCUGAGCCAGCUAUCUGUGAGAUGUGUGGGAUUGUGGGCACAAAAGAUGCAUUCUUCUCAAAGACCAAACGUUUCUGCAGCGUUUCCUGCUCUAGAAGCUACUCUUCAAAUUCCAAGAAGGCCAGCAUCUUGGCUAGGCUGCAGGGAAAACCACCUACAAAGAAAGCAAAAGUGUUGCACAAGGCAGCCUGGUCUGCUAAAAUUGGAGCAUUCCUUCAUACGCAGGGGACGGGCCAACUUGCUGAUGGAACUCCAACUGGCCAGGACGCUCUCGUCGUAGGAUUUGACUGGGGAAUGUACCUACAGGAACAUGGAUGCAAGGCCACACCUGUCAGCAGUUUUAAACACGUGCCCCUUUAUGAACAGUGGGAGGAUGUGAUGAAAGGGAUGAAGGUGGAAGUGCUAAACAGUGAUGCGGUUCUUCCUAGUCGUGUAUACUGGAUUGCUUCUGUGGUUAAGACCGCAGGCUACAAGGUGCUACUACGUUAUGAAGGCUUUGAAAGUGAUUCCAGCCAUGACUUCUGGGUCAACUUGGGCACAAUGGACAUUCACCCUAUUGGCUGGUGUGCUAUCAACAGCAAAAUCCUGGUUCCACCCCAGACUAUCCGCUCCAAGUACACAAACUGGAGAGAUUACCUUAUGAAGAAGCUUGUAGGAGCCAGGACCAUCCCAGCAGAUUUCCACAUAAAGAUGACUGAGAAUAUGAAGUAUGCUUUCCGUCAAGGCAUGAGAGUGGAAGUGGUGGACAAAACCUGUGUUUCCCGGACUCGUAUGGCAGUAGUAGACACGGUGAUUGGUGGUAGGCUGAGGCUCCUUUAUGAGGAUGGGGACAGCGAUGAUGAUUUCUGGUGUCACAUGUGGAGUCCUCUCAUCCACCCUGUGGGUUGGUCUCGAAGGGUUGGUCAUAGCAUGAAGAAAUCAGAAAAGUUUAAUGACAUGGCGAACCACCCGACCUUCCGGAAGAUCUACUGUGAUGCUGUUCCUUAUCUUUUCAAGAAGGUCCGUGCUGUCUAUCCAGCAGGUGGUUGGUUUGAAGAGGGCAUGAAACUGGAAGCUAUUGACCCUUUGAAUCUGGGCAACAUUUGUGUGGCAACCAUUCGCAAGGUCCUCUUGGAUGGGUAUCUGAUGAUUGGCAUAGAUGGCACAGCCUCUGAAGAUGGGUCUGAUUGGUUCUGCUACCAUGCUUCCUUGCAUUCUGUUUUCCCUUCUGGUUUCUGUAAGAAGAACUGCAUUGAACUGACUCCUCCAAAAGGAUAUGAUGCCAAGACCUUCAGCUGGGCAAGUUACCUAGAAAAGACUAAGUCCAAGGCUGCACCAACACGACUAUUCAAUAUGGAUUGCCCAAACCAUGGCUUUAAAGUGGGCAACAAGCUAGAGGCAGUGGACUUGAUGGAACCCAGACUUAUCUGUGUGGCCACAGUGAAGCGGGUGGUCCAGCGGCUUCUCAGAAUCCACUUUGAUGGCUGGGACAAUGAAUAUGACCAGUGGGUAGACUGUGAAUCUCCAGAUAUCUAUCCUGUGGGUUGGUGUGAACUGAUAGGUUACCAGCUGCAGCCACCAGUGGUCCCAGAGCCUGUGUCACCUGAGUCACCCAAGGAGGUGCCAAAGAAGAAGCGGAAGCCAUACGGGAAGAAAAGAAAAAAGAUGACUGCUAAAGCCCGCUCCCUCAAGCAAGCAGCUAAGAAAGUGGCUGUUCCAAAACCAAGGAAAGGAGCAAAAGUGGCAAGUGAGACCUCACCAAAACCACCUCUAGAUGAAGCAGUUGUUGCCGUACAGGUGAAGGAAGAAAUUUUUGAUGAUUCAGUGAUGGAUUCUGAAGUUCCACAGUUUCCAGUACCAGUUAGCUGUGUAAAAGAUGAGGACAUGGAACUAGAAGUUCCAGCAAGCCCUGUUCUGAGCAGUUCCUUAAAAGAUGAGGAUGGGGAACCAGAAGCUCCAUUAAAAGCCUGGAAGAGUCCUGCACCGUCUGGUUCCUUAAAAGAUGAGGACGGGGAACCAGAAGCUCCAUUAAACCUUGUGCUGAGCAGUUCCGUAAAAGCCGAGGACAUGGAACAGGAAGUCUCAAAGACUACUGUGCUAAUUGGCUGCUUGAAGGAUGAAGAUGUAGACUAAACCUUAAGGCAGCAAAGAGACUGUAGUAUCUUGCACAGUAAUCUUAUGAAUGACAGAAUGACUCACUGCGCUUGUUUGAGGGCUUGGGCCAAAGGUCAGAUUUCACAAAGGUGUAGUUUGUGUAGAAAAUGUCCUUCUCCCACCAAAACAGCUCUUGGAAAACAGACUUCAUCAAACAAUGUAGAAAAGAAAACCUAUGCUAUCUUUCUAAGCAAUACUGCAGGAACGAAAGAUGAAUUUCUUCACUUAGCUUGUAGAGAGAGAAGAAGAUGUCGUCAUGGAUUCUCAGCAUGAGCCUGUGUAUGGAUAAGCAUCACAGCUAUAAUGCCACAACUAUUCUGUACUGUGGGUGGGAGAGUGCCAGAUGUCUGGCUUCUGCUCUCAGUGUUGUCCUUGUCACCUUUUAUGUUGUCUACUUUUGCUCUUUGAUUGCCAUUUGACCAAGAGAACACUUCGCCCACCAAAAUGUCUCAUUCUUUCCUGUGAGAGUGAUUGCAACCAUAAAUGCCUGUGUUUACUUACACAAUCUUAGCGUGGGAAGCCUUUGGAUGUUCAAAGUUCUGGAUUACAAGGUAUAACAAAAAGUAAUUGAUGGAGUAGGAAUUAAUGACAGAAACAACUUCCUCACACCAUGAACUAUGUAAGACAAACUAGACUUGAAUCCUUACAGACCAACAAGGUUUUGGGGGUAUAAGCUUUUGAGAGUCAAAACUUCCCUGCUUCAGCUGAAGUAAAACUUGCAUACUUCUCAUGCUAGUAAUCUUUAAUCAGGGAAUUAAUCAAUUUAAGUGUAUGUGAGAUGUGGGAGCAGAACAUGGUAAACACCUAAGAACACAUCAUGGUUUGUAGUAUAUUAAAUGCAUGGUAUGACCAUAAUCAGGUACCCCAACCAUCCUCCAUUUUGUUCAUGUCUUUAUCCUUGAAAGUAUUCCUUGUGUAUGGAGCUAAGAUUGAGGUUUCCAGAUAUGUGGAUGUCCUUUAGUUAACCACAAUUCAUUGUUUUGUCCACAGUCCUGUUUUAGCACACUGGGGUUGUUUUUUGGCCUACGAACAACUGGGGUUGCUUUUUGGCCUACUAAACCAGGCAGUCUGCAAAUGGGGAGGAUGCAGUAGAAUUUAAGCCUCAUUUUAAUUCCAAACAAAUUAGGUUGUUUGUGACAUCUCAAUGCAGUUUUCUGUUCUAGUCACUAAAGCUGUCUUUCCUGUUGAGAUGAGCAUGAAGACUUGGUAAAAUGCAUCCUAAUACCUUCCAGUCUCUCUGCCUUCUUCUAAUUUAUGCUCUCAUCCUGCAAUGUAUAUUUCUUCCCGCCUUCACCUUAGCUAUUUGUAUUUUUGCAAAUGUUUGUGUUCCUAAUGCAAUAACAGUGGAAGCGCAAGUGUC